UCACCUCUAUCGAGUUUGAAGCGACGUUAGCAUAGAAUUCAAAAUAUGAUAAUUUAUACUAGUUAUGUCUGGGCUUUAUCUGCCCUGUUUGGAUUUGUGAGCUGUUAUGUUGGAAAUCAAAUCAAUCUCUCUUGUGAAAACGGCGUGUGUUCCAGACAAGCGGAUCAAGGACCAUGUGUUGUUAGCGACGACUACGAACGCCUUUUUAGAUGGGACCCAGUCAAGAGAGGUCAAGUGAGAGAAUUAGAGUUAGAGCCUGGGAAAAAAUACAAGAUGAUAACUUUAGCCUCUAAACCUCCGGUGUUUGAACUUCCUGAUUUUCUAAGCGACGAAGAAAGUGAGCAUAUAAUCGAUCUAGCUGAAAUGUUCGGCCUUGAAAAUAGCCUCAUGCACACGGAUGAAUUUCAAGAACAACAUAAGAAAGAGGUGAAAGGGCACGCAAUGGGAGCUGCUGGAUUAUAUCUGAGCUGGGACAAAAAUCAGGACAAGGAGAUAACCAAAGACGAGGUAAUUCACUUUUCACGCAGAUAUAAGUUUCUUUACAUGACUCCAGAGGAAGUCGACGACAUGAUAAAGAAAUUGAAGAUCAGAGAGUUUGAUGAUGGGAGAGUGACAGUCCAAGAAUUUCGUAAACUACCAACGGCUGCUAUGGACGACUACAUGAACAAGCUGAAAGAAUUAUCACCAGUUCACCGUGAACGAAACAGCCACCAAACCUGGCUACAUCAGGGAAAGUUUGCUAGUAAAACCAUGCAAAAGUUACGAGAAAGAAUAAAAAAACUAACAAGGCUAUCCGAUCGUAUCAUUCGUGGUAGUGAACCUUUACAGGUGGUGAAGUAUGAUAAAAAUGGUCAUUACAAUGUUCACCACGAUGCACAGCCGGUGGCUUCUCAUUCGCACCUCAAGUGCUGUCACCUGAACGUCACCAAGAUACCAGCCUGCAGACUUUGUAGAUACGUUACUAUACUAUAUUACCUAAAUGACGUCGAGGAGGGCGGAGAAACAGCUUUUCCAGUUGCUGACAAUGAAACGUUCGAUCAACAGUUGUACAUCAAAACCAUGAGCGAUGAUUUAUUCAACUUGAUGGAAUUCUGCCAUGCUGCCAAACUAGUGGUCCCCCCAAAGCGAGGCAAGGCUAUCAUGUGGUAUAAUCACUUCGUGGACGAAGAGACUGGCUGGCUGGGAGAAAGGGACGAUUACACCCUUCACGGGGGGUGUGGGGUGCAGAGGGGAAUCAAAUGGAUUGCAAAUAACUGGAUUACUGCCCCUGACGCACCACUUGCGCACAUAAGAAGUAACUUUGAAAUCAAAGAAGAAGAAGAAGAAAAACUUUGAACUCAUAAAAUUUUGAGAUAAACUGAAUCUAGCGCUUUUCUGUGCGGUAUUUAGCAUUUUUAGGUAGUGAUCAUGAUUUAAAAUUCUGUCUUUGUUCGAGUCGAAUUAACUUUCAGAGUAAAUGAUUUUAAGUUACUGGUAAAACAAAUUGCAAAGCCAUUUCAGGAUUUUCAACUUUUUUAACAUUAUUCUUGAAAGAUUGUAUGCCAUGAGUCUACUGUGGCUGUUAACUUAUUACCCCAAACAAAGUCACCAGUCCACAGUUAGGCUCUUUCCGGAACAUGACGUAAAGUUAAAAUAUUGAACUGAAGUUAGGUAAAUGAUUUAAUUAGAUAAAAGUGACUCCUUUUUUUACAACCGGCUGUGUCAAGUUUAAUUACGUUGUACUGACUCCAUCCAUUGAUUUGCCGUCACUGUAUGUGAAUGACGCCAUGGCACCGUUUAUGGCGCACAUAUCUUUUGCCUAAGAUCAUUGCUACAUGUCUUUUGGCUUUUUUCGAACAGUGCAUCUCUCCAGCGAACAGCUCAGUUAGACUUAAUAUUUACGUUUUUUCUAUUCUUAUUGCUUUUAGUAUAUUUAAAUCCUAACGGACGCACUCAAAUCUACAACUGAAAUGACUCCUGGCGAACUGAAUUGCAAAUGAAUAGUUUUUCAGUUAGUGAUAAGAAAUAAUUAAUUUUCUCAAGUUUGAUAGCUAUUGCACUAUGUAAGUUCAUCUGCAGUUUUAGCAGUCGUAGUAAUCUUUGUAUUCUGCUAUUGGUAUUAUGAUUUCAGUCCUCCAUUUUUACGCCUGUCCGGCAAUACUCUUAAUUGUGUUAAUCCAAAAUAGAUCAGCAUCGUAUCCAGGGGGAAUAGCAUUACUUCUUAACGUGUAAACCAGUCUGAGUACCGUGGGCUCUUAUCUGAGUCAAUUUGGUAAGAAUACA